AUGGAAGAAGAGGAAGCAGAUGUACAAGACAUGGUUGUUCAACAACCAGAAAAGAAGGAGAGGAAGGACAUGAUAAAGUAUGGGAGUAAAUGGACUCCUAGGCAGGUGAUCUACCAGCAGAAAUGGGAGGAGGUGCUGAAGAGGAUUGAGGACGAGUCCGGGGCAAAGCCAGGAGGUCCCAGUAUGUUCAAGCAUUAUCAGGCAGCUGUAAAAAGAGUCAUGGCUGAAUUGUCUGACGACGAGUUGGAGAAGGCAAAAGACACGGCUGAAGAAUGGUCCAACAACUUUCCUCCUCCCGAGAUACAAGCACAAGUGGCUCGUAAGAAGGGAUGGGCGUAUAUGGAGCACUUUUCGAAGGAGAUGUGGAGGCAAUGUGGGAUGAGAGUGUUUGUGAUGUCGGCGUGGAAGAAUGAACAGGGAGAGGUGCUGUUCGGGAUGCACGAUGAUAACGAGGCAUUAGGAGAUGGGGAAAGUUUCAUGAAGACAAAGGACUGA